AUGGUUGCUUUCAGGUUUCACCAGUACCAGGUUGUCGGMAGAGCUCUUCCGACAGAGAAGGAAUUGCAGCCGAAGAUUUACAGGAUGAAGCUCUGGGCAACGAACGAGGUUCGUGCAAAGUCCAAGUUCUGGUACUUCUUGAGGAAGUUGAAGAAGGUUAAGAAGAGCAAUGGACAGAUGCUUGCUAUCAACGAGAUCUUUGAGAAGAACCCAACAAAAAUCAAGAACUUCGGAAUUUGGCUUAGGUACCAGAGCCGUACAGGUUACCAUAACAUGUACAAGGAGUACCGUGACACGACUUUGAACGGAGCAGUGGAGCAAAUGUACACGGAGAUGGCAUCAAGACACAGAGUCAGGUUCCCUUGCAUCCAGAUCAUCAAGACAGCCACAGUCCCAGCCAAACUCUGCAAGAGAGAGAGCACGAAGCAGUUUCACAACAGCAAGAUCAAGUUCCCUUUGGUCUUCAGGAAGGUUAGACCUCCCACCAGGAAGCUCAAGACCACCUACAAGGCCUCUAAGCCUAACUUGUUCAUGUAA